AUGAACAUUAUCAAUAAGUUAUUACCAUGGAUAAUUUUUUCAAUUUUCAUAAAAUUCAUAAAUUGUCAACAAAAUAUUAAUUUUAUCAGAGAUACUGAUAAUAUUCAAAUAUUCAAUUGGGGAAUACCAGAAUUUGCUUAUAAAGAUUUACCAAAUCAAAGAUUGAUUUACAAGACUAAUAAAGACUUAACGAUUAAUUUAGCUGCUUAUGAAAAUUUAUAUAACAUUUUAAAAGUGGAUGGUAAAUUCCUUGAAAUGAAAAAUGAAUACUUAAAUAAAAAUAUUUACGUGGAAAAUAAAGUGACUAGAGAUUUCAAAAUCAAAGAUUUUUCAUUAUCGAAUAACGUAACUUCACCAAGAGUUGAAACUGAUAAAGUUAAUAGUCAUGAUACUUCACGGUCUUGUUUUUUGGGAUCCAAACAUAAAUUUGUUGGUUAUACAUAUUCCACUGAAAUCACAAUUCCUGGGUCUAAUGAAAAGAAAGCAUAUUUCAUAGCAGUAGCAGUAAAGAUUACAAACGGUAAUUCAAUAAAGUCAUUAAAUGAUGAAAUAGAGAAAGCGGUAAUUCAAAAAUUGAUUGAAUAUAAUGACAAUAAUUUAGUACAAUUUUGUACAUCUUCUACAAAUGAUGAAAGAACUUGGGAUGCUAGAAUAAGGGUUACUUCAUGGAGAUUGGCACCUUGCAUUUCAGUAGGCAUGUGGGACGUUCCUUGUGAGACAUUAUAG